GUUCAGUUUUUCACUCCGUUUCGCAUCGUUCCCAUCAAUUUUCUCGGCCUAGACUUCCUCAAACGCGUCUCUAUUUCUUUAAAAUCCGUUUUUGGAUCCAACUAUAUAUCCAAAUCCCAUUUCCCAGAUUUUUGCUUUCCCGACCAAUUUGCGUGUCCAAAGUUGUUGCGAUUUUGACCUUUCAUUGGAUAACAUUUAUGGUUGACCCAACUUGCCUAAAUGUCGGCGCGUCCUUUUAAUGGUUCGUUUAUAACAAAAGAGUAGUGAUUCGGAACUUCAUUUGAUAAUGAUUACAGGGAAUGAAGUGGAUUCGUCGAGAAUUCUUGCCUGGUGUAGGAUUUGAAUUAUGGGUGCGCAUUAAAAGCCAGAAUCAUUGUCAUGGUGCAGAGAACUGCCAGAAAAAAGGAACCAUGGAGGUUUUAAGACUCACAAAUGUUGCUGGAGUUUUUGCAUCUGACACUGUUGUUGCUAGGGCACUGCAGCAAAGGAAGAAAAUGAUAUAUACUUGCACUUUCUAAAAGGCGCUUGAGUUUUAGUGAGUUUUUAUUCAAACUAGUGGAAGUUUUGUCAAGGGAAAUGGAAUCCAGUAAAAGAACAUCAAGCGUUAUUGCAAGAUUGAUGGGUCUUGAUGAACUGCCAAUUCAGCAACCUGUUCAGAAACAACAAAGGGUUCUUUCUGAGUAUUACUUUCAGAGAGUUGCUUCUAUAGGUGUCAGGGGGAAGCGUUCAUCUCAUGAGCAUCCUUCAUUUAGGAUGAGCAAUGGAGAGCGUGAGGAAUUAAAUUAUAUCUUUAGAGUACUGGACACACUAGAUAGACAUAAGCAACAUAAUCUGUCUGUUGAAGAGGGGAAAGCUAGCUCCAAUUCAUCAGAAGAAAAAUUGGGAUUCAUAAGGCAUAAUUUUCCUGAUGCAAAAUACAUUUCAGUGGAUAAGAAGCUUCAAGACCUGGCAGAACUUCCAGAUGCACUGGAUAUUACAUAUAUUAAGAAGGAUCCCCUUCCAAAAUAUCUCCAAGAGCCAUAUUCUUCAUUUGCCAAUAGCUUUCAUAAUCAGCAAGGUGUACCUUCUUACUCACGAUCAGGCAAUGUUCCAGUCUUGAAGUCAUCAUCUACUUCUUAUGGUAUCAAUAUUAACAAAUGUAGAAAAUUAGGGAGGAAGGCUUUGCAAGGAAAUGUUAAAUUGCUGCACAAACCCGAGAAUGGCACUAAUAGAAGUCCCCAUGGACUUGGAAUUGAUGAUAUUUGUAAGCUUUCAAGAUCUCAAUUGGAGUCAAACAGUGAAGCAUGCCAUUCCCCCUUGAAAGGUGUUAUUUUGAAACCAAACCAUGGCGAGGUAGAGAGUGAUGCACGACAUUUCUCUUCAUAUAGUUCUUGUGAAGGUUCACUUUUGGGUGAUAGGUGGCUUAAAGAGUUUCGUAGUACUGAAAAUGGGGCAUAUGUAUCCAGGGAAGCAAAAAAGAAAAUAUCAGACCAAUGUAAGACAAAUAAGAAGGUCCAGAAAGAUGGAUUGGCUGGUAGAGUCAGUACUCUUGGAGAAUUGUUUGCCUUGGCUGAUGAUGGAACAAGAAAUGUUUAUUACAAGCCUAGUAAGCAUGGCCUGAGCAAUCAGACUGGUCCAAGUGAUCAAGAUGGUGAUCACUUAAGCUUCAUCAGCACGAAUGUUUCGAAGGAUGGGCCUAUGAUAAACUUUUCAAGGUCCACGUUUCUUUCUGCAACUUCUGCCACUGGGAAUCCCAGAUCCCGGACCAGAUAUGAAGGCCUUCAAAGUGACUGGUAUUCAAGCCUGGAAAAGUCUGUUAAUUCGGCGCAACACAAGUCAAGAAAGCAAACUUUGCAUCAUAAAGAUGGUUUAGAAUAUAAAAACUUAGUCAGCAAUAAGAAAACUCAUUCCUUUUCAUGCUUGGAUUUGGAAAGUGAUGAUAAUGUAGAAGCAGCGAUGUGUGUAGUCCUGGAUGAGGUGAAGGUCAAACUUGAGAAGGAUCUGUCUAAUCAGAAUUGUAUGGGUCCUCUGUCUUCAAGCUCCACUGUUUCUCACUCUGCUUUGGAAAAUAAUUGCUUUGUGCGGGACACAUGGGUGAUGGAAGGUGAGAUGAAGAACAAGUUUGACAGCAGCAAUACGGAUGAAUGCAACAUUUCACUUCCUCAGGCCUUAGUUUCCAAUGUUUCCUCAGUGAGCAUGGGAACUAAUGUGGUGGCUGAUGCAGAGUGUAAGGUCGUGGGUGGGGCUUCUGAAAAUUCCAAGGAAGAGCAGUUUGAACCAAUCAUCUGUAUCUUAGAUACAAAUUCUGAUUCUUCUAGUUGUGCCUCUGAUACCUUGAUUCAACAGAGAACAUUGGUUGGAUUCCAUGAAGAAGGUGCUGUGUACUCACGGUGCUUUCACACAGAGCCAGAAUCUAGAUUGAGCUCGGAGGAGGCUUAUCAUCCUAGUCCAGUUUCAGUUCUGGAACUACCUUUCGAAGAUGAUCUUUCAUAUGAUUUGGAAUGCUUAGACAGUAUCGGCACUGACAUCUGUGAUAUCUCAGAAACACGCUCAGAAGGACCUGGAAUGAUUGUGUCGAGUGAUGAAGAUUCCAGAGAAGGUUCUGUAGGUGAACCUCAAGAAAACAUAGGGUUAAUGGGAUUGUUUAGAGUUGAAGAAAGUAGGGGUUACUCGUACCUUAUUGAUGUCUUAACCGAGGCGGGUUUUCAUGGUGGCAUCCUAAAUAUGGACUUUGGUACCUGGCACACGCCAGAAUGCCCAAUAAACCUUUCAGUUUUUGAGACCCUUGAAAAAAAGUUUGGUGAGCUGGCUUCCUGGAAGAGGUCGGAUAGGAGACUUCUCUUUGACCAGAUAAAUUUGGGGCUAAUGGAGAUUUUACAGCCAUGCAUAGGUGUGCCCAUAUGGGCAAAGCCUGCAUCCAAAAGAUUAUACCCUAGGCCAAGUCGGAACAUGAUUGAGGAAGAGUUAUGGAUGUUGCUGGUAAGCCAAGAAAAGGAAGCAAGUAUGGACUCGGCAGCGAAAGCGCUGCAAAAGGAACUGGGUUUUGUAGAUUUAGGAGAUGAUAUUGAUCUUAUAGGUAGAGAAAUAGAGAGCUUGUUGAUUGAUGAGCUUGUUUCAGAGGUUGUUAGCAUGGGCACUUUUUAGACGUCAGCAUGUUAAAGUUUUUGGCGGAUAUAUAUUGAAUGAAAACCAUUUUUUUGUUCCUUUUUUCCCCUAAGCCUAUGAGAGCCAUUCAGAAAAAUAUGUUUAUGUAUAUAUCAAUCGUUUUGAUGUGAGUGGAAGGGUGUGAAAAGUAUACAGAUAUAGAUUAGUUUGUCCAGACAAGAGUGUAUUGCUAUUAUGAAGAGGUCAUGUAUUUUUCUGAGGGAUCUAUGUAUCAUCAUACUCUCAGUUUUGCAUCAAAUUCUUUCUUAUUCAUUCAGUCAUUUAGGUAUUGAAGUUUCAAAAUGUCUUGUUAGUGCGAACCCGCUCUUUUUGAGUUGAAAGUGUUAAGAACGUUGGUUGAUACAGGGAUUUGUGAUAACUAGCUUCCUGAUUUAUCAUGAACUCUUUA